AUGGAGAGCUUGAUUAAGCAAACAAGAAAAGGAAGCCAGAGCUGGCUCAGAAGACAGUUUUCUAGACAGACGAGUUCGGAUAAUAACGACUUAAGUGGUGCCGAUUAUCAAGCUGCAGUUGCUGCAGCAGCUUAUGCAAUUCAAUCACUCGACGAUUUGAAAUCGAAUGAUAAUAAUAAAGAGGCAACAAACAAAUCCUUGAGCAAGAUGAAGGACAAAGCCGAAGCCACGAUAACUCCACUCGAACCACUUAAAAGUGCACUAAAAUCCGCAGAUGAAACUUUAAGGUCAAGUUUCAAGAAUCCAAACCAAACAAGCUCGACUAACAAAAAGACACCCGAAAAAGAACCCUCUUUCAAGAAGAGAAUAAGCUUUGCAGAUAACGACGAGACUAUUAUAGGCGAAAAACCCGAAAAUUCUGAAGUGGGGCCCACAUUUAGAGCUGACAGCAAGAAGAAGCCUGAGACAAUCAUGCCAAAGACGAAUUCUGUGGAUUUAACUGCAGUAAAAUCGGGACUCAGAGACUAUCGAGCGGAUGAUUGGGAAAAAGAAGAGAUUGCAAAGAUUGGAGAACGGUAUGUGAAGCUGAGAGCCACCAUUGAUAACUGGGAAACUAAAAAGAAGAAAAACGCAAAGCGCAAAAUACAAAGGGCAGAGGCUGAAUUGGACAAAAAAAGAGCAAAAGCCAUACAGAGCAACCGAGACAAAAUCACAAGAAUCGAAGCAAUUGCACGAGGAGCUCGAGAGCAAGCAGAUGAGAAUAGGAAAAAAGAGGAGUUCAAGGCAAAAGAGAAAGCAAAUAAAAUCAGAUUGACAGGAAAAAUCCCAGCAACUUGCUUCUGCUUUUGA